UGCCACAUCAAGCAAAGAGACAAGUUGCCAAGUAGCCAACGAGCAACAUCAGCUUAACAUAUAGCAAAACAAGCAGCCAACUAGUCGAAUACUUAACGUCAACAGCCAUGAAACGGUCCUGCCUGUUGCUCUGCCUGAGUCUGCUGACCUGCAAUGUGGCCAAUGCAUCCUAUCUGCGACCUAUCGAACUUAGCCAGUUGAGUAAGUCAUCCAGCCUGCAACAACAGCAACAACAACAACAUCAAAGAGGAGAGCAACAACUGCGUGGAGAGCUGAACAACGAUGAUGACAAUUUGGAUGAGGCCACCACAAUAUUGCCCAAUUCUAGUGAGGAUUACGAUAGCCGGCCACAAUACACAUUUGCCUAUGAUGUGCGCGAUACUUUGACCGGCGAUGACAAGCGACAGGAGGAGAAGCGUGAUGGGGAUUUGGUAAAGGGACAAUAUUCUCUCAUUGAGCCCGAUGGCACUCGUCGCAUUGUGGACUACACGGCGGAUGAUGCGAGCGGCUUCAAUGCCAUCGUUUCCAAGCAGCGUCUGGAUGAACGCCUCGGGUCCUCACACUCAUCGUCAUCUUCCGCUUCCGCCUCCGCCUCUGCCUCCUCAUCCUCUUCGUCCCGUUACAAUAGCAUUGAGGAGCUCCAAUCGCGUCUGACAGCUCAGGCUAUGGCCGAAGCUCAGGCCAUUGCCGAUGCCCAGCAACAAUCGCAUUUGCAGCUGGAGGCAGAAGCUCGUCGUGAGUCCGAGAACCAGGCACGUCUGCAGGCCCAACAGCUGAUGGAGCAGUUCCAGCAGCAGGUGCAGCAGACGGCCCAACUGCGUCAACAGCAGGAGCAAUUGCGCGAAUUGCAGCGUCUGCAGGAGCAGCGGGAUCGUGACCAGGAGCGUCGCCAGCAACAGCAGCGGGAUCAGCAAAGGGAGCAGGAACGUCGCCUCAGUCAGAGUCAUAGCCAAGGUCAGCGCCUGCUCGAGCGUUUGAACAAUCAACAACGGACGCUGCUUCUGCCCAGCUCCUCCCAGUUGCUUGACCAGAGUCUUCAGGCCAGCGUUGUCUCGCAUCCGCCCACUUUGACCACCUCAUUGUUGACCCGGCAACGUGAUCUGGAUGCCUGGCGGCAACUGCCCAACGCUCGCCUGACCAUUGAACGCACCAAUCAGCCUUUGAUUCUAACUCAACCUUCAAGUGCUUCUCUGCAGGCUCAGCUCAUUAGCUCGCCUCUGAUCCUGGAGUCGGGUAAUCUCAAUGGCUUGAUCUCUACUCGCCUCAACGGCCAUGCCGCUCGAGCUGGUGCCGCCAUCAGCUGGAGUCAAGGAAGUCGUCUGCUGGAUAACGAUCUCUGGCAGCUGGACAGGCUCGGGGACAAUGAUCAGCGGCGUGAGAGCGACGAACUACGCUCCAGCUCCGGUUCCAGUUCCAGCUCCAGCUCGGAGCGUAAUGGCAAUCAUCGCGCUCAAUGGUAAAAACCAACGCAAGAACUUCAAUUGAACUCACGAAUAAAUGAAAUCACGAUUA